AUGUCCUCACUUCCCCUCACUGCUCAGCUGGAAUCCCUAUCACAAUCCACUUUGCUGGGUUCCCCCAUUGAGACUGACCCUGUCCCCCUCGGCCUCAGCUCCAGCAAAGGCUCAGGAUCCCUCGACUUAGAGUCUGAGCAGCUCGGUACCCUGACAGGUGGCUCCCUCAAGGAGCCCCCAUUAUACCCGCUACCAUAUGCUCCUCAGAGUGCCAAGUUACCACUAGCACCUGGCCUCAGAUCUUCUCCUGCUCUCCUCCCAACAGCUAUGCAGCCACCUCCACCCAUGAGCAGAAUGGCUCAGGUUGGGUUCCCUGGAACCCAUUCCUGUAACAAUCUAGGUUGA